GGGGGCGCCGGGGGUCACCCCGGUCCUUCGUGCACCUGCGCGGGCGGGGGCCGCGGCGUCAGAGCACCGCCCGGGAAGCCGUGCCUUGAGCUCUGCGUUUUUAACUUUUGUGGACUGUUUCAACUUUUUAAGCAAGAGGAGUAUACUUAAAUCGACAUACAAGUGCUCAAAAUGCCCAGAAGCGAGUAAAACGGCCGAAGAAAACAAAACAACCAAAACCCAAAAAACGGCAACAAAACCCCCCUUGAAUCAAUUUGCCUAGAGGGAGUUAUGCCUGAAAUGUUGACUCUGAACUGUCUUAAUCGUGAUGCUUACUGUUAAAUGUUAUUUUUUUGGGUACAUUUAUUUUCUGCUCUCCGUCUCUUACCUGGUUGCCUUUCUUAAUAGGGAUGUACCAGGGCUCUGUAAUUGAAUGGUGCUUACACGAAACCCAAACGGACAAUGUAGCGUAUGUUUGUCUGUUUGGGAAAGAAUCUGAGUCAAUUCCUAAUGGCCGGAGCCGUCUGAGGCUAAGGAUCAUCACGGUGAUAUGAACUAACUUUAUAGGGCGCUCAGUAUCUGCUAGGCCUUGAUCUAAGCGCUGCCCAGUGUUCAGCUCAUUUAACCCUUCCCUUAGGCAAGCCCUGCAGGCUCAGUGAUGGUCCCAGAACUGGAGCGGCUGGCAGACAGCCCCUGGGCUGGUGAAGGGCCCUGGGCCCUGUGAGCGCCCCCGUCCAGCUGUGGCAUGGCCAGCGACUUUUAUAGUUGUCUUCUACUUUUUACAGUUGUCUUUUAUAUAGCAAGAGGACCAUGGUAUUGAACAGAAUUUUAUUUGUCUUACAAAUCUAUGUUUCGUUGAUUACUUUUUUUAAAAGGUAUUUUUGUAAGCGUGAUAAUCAUCAAGCUUUAGCUAAUAUGUGAGUAAGUCCGUUUCCUGACAUUUGACGCAUCACUCCUUUCUGAGUGGAUGGUGCAACUUGGUCUUGAUGUUACUGUCUCCUCACGGACAAUGUCGCCUAAACAUGUUGAAGCCUCCCGUUGGCUGGGGAUGAUAAUGAAGAUAAUUCAAACGAUGGGACCCAACCAUCCAAGAGGAGGCGAAUGGGCUCCGGAGAUAGCUCUAGGAGCUGUGAGACUCCAAGUCAGGAUCUCGGCUUUAGCUACUAUCCAGCAGAAAAUUUGAUAGAGUACAAAUGGCCACCUGAUGAAACAGGAGAAUACUAUAUGCUUCAAGAGCAAGUCAGUGAAUAUUUGGGUGUGACCUCCUUUAAGCGGAAAUAUCCAGAUUUAGAGCGACGAGAUCUGUCUCACAAAGAGAAGCUCUACCUGAGAGAGCUGAAUGUCAUCACAGAAACUCAGUGCACUCUAGGUUUAACAGCAUUGCGCAGUGAUGAAGUGAUUGAUUUAAUGAUAAAAGAGUAUCCAGCCAAACAUGCUGAGUAUUCUGUUAUUUUACAAGAAAAAGAACGGCAGCGAAUUACAGAUCAUUAUAAAGAGUAUUCUCAAAUGCAACAACAGAAUACUCAGAAAGUUGAAGCCAGCAAAGUGCCCGAGUACAUUAAGAAAGCUGCCAAAAAAGCAGCCGAAUUUAACAGCAACUUGAACCGGGAGCGCAUGGAAGAGAGAAGAGCGUAUUUUGACUUGCAGACACAUGUUAUCCAGGUGCCUCAAGGGAAGUACAAAGUGUUACCGACAGAGCGAACCAAGGUCAGUUCUUACCCAGUGGCCCUCAUCCCGGGACAGUUCCAGGAAUAUUACAAAAGGUACUCAGCAGACGAGCUGCGGUAUCUGCCGUUAAACACGGCCCUCUACGAGCCCCCGCUGGACCCUGAGCUGCCGGCCCUGGAUAGCGAUGGUGACUCAGACGACGCCGAGGACGGUCGAGGCGACGAGAAGCGGAAACAUAAAGGCACUUCGGACAGUUCCUCCGGCAACGUGUCUGAAGGAGAAGGCCUUCCCGACGGCCAGGAGGAGCCUCUCCCGGGAAGACAGAGAUCCAAGGACAAAGCUGCUACUCCAAGAAAAGAUGCUUCCAAACGUUCUGUACUGUCCAAGUCAGUCCCUGGGUACAAGCCAAAGGUCAUUCCAAAUGCUCUAUGUGGAAUUUGUCUGAAGGGUAAGGAGUCCAACAAGAAAGGGAAGGCUGAAUCACUUAUACACUGCUCCCAGUGUGAUAAUAGUGGCCACCCUUCUUGCCUGGAUAUGACCAUGGAGCUUGUUUCUAUGAUUAAGACCUACCCUUGGCAGUGUAUGGAGUGUAAAACUUGCAUUGUAUGUGGACAACCCCACCAUGAAGAAGAAAUGAUGUUCUGUGAUGUGUGUGACAGAGGUUAUCAUACUUUUUGUGUGGGCCUUGGUGCUAUUCCAUCAGGUCGCUGGAUUUGUGACUGUUGUCAGCGAGCCCCCCCAACACCCAGGAAAGUGGGCAGAAGGGGGAAAAACAGCAAAGAGGGAUAAAAUAGUUUUUGACCCCAAUGUUGUAAUACGGAUUUAAAUGAACUACUUGGUGCCAAUUUAUUUGCAUUCUUGAUUUUAUGCCAAUAAAAGAUUUCUGAAAUUCA